UCUAAUUGGUUCAUUUUACAUUUUUGUUGCGAAAUUAGAUGCCAAAAACCCUUCUUUGCCUCUGCAGGCUUUAGAGAAACAUGAGCGGAGCAGGGGCACCAGAUUUCUUCUACAGAGAAGCUCAACGCCUUGGUUAUGUUGCUCGUUCUGCUUUCAAGCUCCUUCAAAUACAAAAGCAACAUAAGCUUAUAACGCCAGGUUCCUCUGUUCUUGACCUUGGUUGUGCUCCUGGUGCUUGGCUUCAGGUUGCUUGCCAGAGCUUGGGCCCACUAAAGAAUGGUGGGAAUGUUGUGGGCAUUGAUCUCAAGAAGGUGAAGGUUCCUUCCUUACAUUGUGAUGUAAGGGUUAAAACUGUUUGUGCUGAUGUCAUGAACCUCCCCAAACACCAAAUUAGGGCUCUUUCUCCUCAGCAGAAAGGUUUUUCUGUAAUACUCUCAGAUAUGUGUCCCGCAGUUUCUGGGAUCACAACUAAAGAUGCAGCUUUGUCUGUGGAGUUAGGGAUGCAAGCACUUGAUUUGGCUGUUGGUGAGGCAGUAUCAGCUCAUCCUGAUGGUGAUAAUAGAAGAGAGGGGCCAUCAGAUUCUGCCUCUGAUGCUGAUGAUAGUGGUGUAUUGCAAGCAGGGGGCCACCUAGUGAUUAAGCUUCUGGAGAGUGAGAAUAUCCAAGAAUUUAGCCGGAUUUGCAAGCCACUUUUCAAGAAGGCAUCAUGGUUGAGGCCCAAGGCUACAAGAUCCUCAUCUAGAGAGAUUUAUUUGAUUUGCCAAGGUCUGAAAUUGUAGACACAUGUUUCUCUAGGUCCUCGUCUAGAGAAAUUUAUUUGAAAUUGUAGACGCAUGUUUCUCUAGGUGAUUGUUUGACUGACUAAGAUUGCAAUCGAUUGCACAAAGGUGCUAUGUUUGGAUAUCAGGACUCCAGUCCCUUUGUGUAUAAUAUGCUAGAAUAGCAUCUUUUUCGUUUUUUCAUAGAGCAAUGGAGAUGUAAUGUUCUGAGUUUCCUGUCUUUUGCCUCCACAAGAACGAUUAGUGUCAGCUUGUGCCAAGGAAUCAUUUUAAUGGUGUCAA